GAAACUAUAAAUGCUUUCACGGCCUCAACAUAGAGACAAGUAAGAAAAUAAAACAGACAGCACAUUCUACAUACAGCUGAAGGAUUCUUACUGUAUCCACUUUUGUCUUGCACCUAUUAACACAACAUAAGCAAAAUGGCUGGUGCUAGCUUUGAGCAAGAGUUUCUGGAUACCCACAAUGCAUACCGGAAAAAACAUGGCAGCUCACCAAUGACCCUGAGCAGGGACUUUUGCAACUCCGCUCGGAAAUGGGCUGAGCACUUGGUAGCAAUCCAAAAUGUUGUCCACAGCAAUGGUGAAAUUGGAGAAAACAUAUUUUGCGCUACAUCCACUCCUCCCCAGACUCUGACUGGGAAGGAGGCUGUUGACAGCUGGUACAGCGAGGUCAAAGACUACAACGACAGCAACCCUGGAUUUGAUCUCAAGACAGGUAAUUUCACCCAGGUUGUUUGGGAGGAGAGUACAGAGCUAGGUGUGGGCUUGGGGAUUGAUGGAGGGACUGUCUAUGUGGUGGGCCACUACAAGCCCAGCGGAAACAAAAGUGUAAGAAAAACUCUUUGGCACCUAGACAAAAGUCUAGGCACCUUUGCCAAACCACCUGCGCUCUGCAAUUGA